UUUCCUACAUAACGACUGCCGGUGCCGGCUUUCUUUCUCUAUUUGCACUGAUGGCUAGACAAGGACAACUACCUGCUCCGCUCCCUGUUCAUGGACUGGUACAAGAGCGUAGUCGACAAAGCGUUGAACCUCUUCGAUGUGACUGAAGAUAACCUCCCGUUCGCCAUGAAUGUCAUAAUGGUUGAGGAGAAUACGUACACCCUUCGAUUCGCAGACAGCCAGUCCUACACACUGACCGUUGAGGACCCGCAAAGCGGGUUCCAGCUGGACGUGGACCUGGUCCCGGCACUGGAGUUCCUUGGCAAGGAUAGAACAAGGAUGCCGAGCAAGCGACGCAAGAAAGGAAAUUUCUUGGUGGUGCCCAAACCCAUGAAAGGUGGACACGACGAGGACGCGGCCUGGCGGCGCCCCCUGCAGCUACAGGGGUGGGACCUCUGGUACAUGAAACAGGCCCUUCGGCUGACAAAAAAGCUCCUGGACUCCCAAGGCAUGAACAAAAUACAAAGCUACUACAUCAAGACCAUAUUCUACCAUGAGGCCAUCGAACAAGAACAUGACCCAGAUUUUUGGAGCAGGAAUAGCCUUGCAGAACUCUUCAAACAUAUUGUCAAGAGACUUCAUCAAUAUUUGGAAACUAAAAACAUCCCAUACUUUUGGAAUGUGGACUAUAAUCUCAUAGGCAACAUUGACGAGUCCAUCCUAGACGGUUACGCGAAAAAACUAAAGAGAUUUAUUAAAAUUUUAGAAGAUCCGUCGGAGUAUAAAAUGGCUGUGAAGUACUUGAUGUCAGAAAGUCAGUUUAAGGAAUAUAAAAAGAAGUUCUUGAAGAUUUAACCUUUGCCGAGAUAAAUUAUAGACUGUAGUACAGUAACUGCAGCGACUGGCUGAAUCGCGUUACAGAUAAUUUUUAAGAAAAAAAAACCGACUUCAAUGGGGGAUGCCGCUGAAAGUUUACUUAUUGUUGAUGGUGCACUCUUAGAUUCCAGACAAUGAAAUGAAAAAGACAGCAUCUUUUGCCUAAUUAACCUAAUCCAUCUUUUGCCUAAUUGCCUAAUUAUUAUAAUAUUGCCUAAUAAUGUAGAAAAGGAGGUUUAACCACCAACUUUUCUAGUAGCAUUUCGUUUUUGUAAGGGUCGCAGUUCUAACCUAACCUAACCUACUUUUCUGAUAGCAUUUCGUUUCUGUAAGGGUCACAGUUCUAACCUAACCUAACCCAAGUGGGUUAAAAGUUUCUAGUAGCAUUUCCGGAUCCGGCUCUGGGUCCGAGUCCGGGUCCAAGUUUGGGUCUGGGUCCAUAAGGAAGAUAACAAAUCGCCAAACGUGAACUAUGUGUCAUUGAAGAGUUCCAUUCUGAUCAUCAUCAGCAG